UUUCUUUGCCCCAAUCUGAAAUCUAAAGUCCAAAGUAGAGUAGAAUCCUGCAUACUAGAACCCACUUCCCCUGAAAUCACACGCUGAUUGUGUGUGAAAUUUACAGCAAAUUGAAACCCUGUUCUCACGAAUAACAAUGGACAAGGGCAAAUCAGUAAUGGGCGCCGGCCGGCGAUGGGCUGUUGAAUUCACAGACAAUUCCACGUCGCAUUCAUCGCGAGAUAUCGCCGAUCCGCCAGGGUUCACUCGGGCAUCCCUAGAACAGGAUGAUUCGGCCGUCAGCAAACAGAAGAAAGACGCCGAAGCCAACUGGAAAGCUCAGAAAGCAUGGGAAGUUGCACAAGCGCCUUUUAAGAAUUUAUUCAUGAUGGCCUUCAUGAUGUGGAUGGCUGGAAGCACAGUUCAUCUAUUUAGCAUCGGCAUUACAUUUUCAGCUCUUCUUCAGCCCAUAAACGCGAUUCGAGGGGUUGUCGGUGUGUUUGCGCCUUACAAGGACAAUAAAGUGGAUCUCGUGGUGCCUAAAUUAGUAUAUAUCGCCCUUAAUUUGGUAGGGUUAGGACUUGGUGUCUAUAAGCUUAACACGUUGGGUCUUCUCCCAACUCAUGUAUCGGACUGGGUUUCAUCCUUGCCUCCUGCUCAGGAAGUCGAGUAUGCUGGUGGUGGUUUCCCAAUUUACUGAUUUACCCUCCAGACGAACUGAAUUUCAAUGGGUUUUGGUGGACAAAAGGAGACUUUUCGAAUCAGGAUCAGUGCCACAGGUGUGUUUUUGAUGGAGCAGUAUUAUAUCUCAGAAUCUAGCCUUAUUUUUUUUUAUCGACACGCUUUACUUUUAUUGUUCCGAAUGAUGAAUUCUGUUGGCAUUCUUAUACGACCCUUAUGAUUGAAUUUGUGGGCCU